CGAGGUCGUAAGUUCAUUCGCUGUUACUAUUGCUACAUCCAAGGUCAAGGAGCUUACAAAAGUCGCUAUUUUUCCACACCACAUUCAAAAAUGUCAACUGAAUCGAAAGACAAACAUUAUCAGGCAUCGACAAACACAAAAGGAGAAUUUGUUCGCAAGAGUUCUCAGUUUCAUGACGAGGUAACAGCAGACGGUUCGAGCGGUUUCAAAGCGGAAGCCAAUCGCUACCAUUUGUAUGUGAGUCUUGCUUGCCCAUGGGCGCACAGAACUCUCAUAGUGCGUAAACUAAAAGGUUUGGAGAAUGUGAUAAGUUUGAACGUGGUGGAUUGGCUCAUGGAAGGCAAGGGCUGGAAAUUUGACAAUGAAGGAAAGCCAGGAACAACGCCAGAUACUGUGAACAACUUUGGUUAUCUAAGCGAGGUGUACGCCUUAUCUGAACCAGAAUACGAUGGUCGAUGGACAGUGCCUGUUUUGUUUGAUAAACUCCAGAAGAAGAUUGUGUGUAAUGAGUCCAGUGAAAUCAUUCGCAUGCUGACCAGAGAAUUCAACGAGUUUUGCCCGACUUUAGAACAGAAAGAGCUGGACCUUUACCCGGUGGAAUUGCGAAAAGAUAUUGAUGAAAUGAACGAUUGGGUUUACCCGAAUAUCAAUAAUGGUGUUUAUCGUUGUGGUUUUGCGACCUCACAAGAAGCUUAUGACAAUGCCGUUACACAACUCUUUGAAGCUCUCGAUAAACUUGAGGAAAUUUUAUCAACACGAAGAUUCCUGGUCGGGAAACAAUUCACAGAAGCUGACGUUCGUUUGUUUACGACUUUGGUUCGCUUUGACCUGGUGUAUCACGGUCAUUUUAAGUGUAACAAGAUGAGAAUAAUUGAUUAUCCGAAUAUUUGGGGGUAUACCCGCGACAUUUAUCAGAUUCCUGGCGUGGCAGAAACGUGCAACUUUGGACACAUCAAGAAACAUUACAUGCAAAGUCAUCGCAAUAUCAAUCCGCACGGGAUCGUCUCAGUUGGACCAGAUCUUGACUUCUCAGCUCCGCAUAGGCGAGAGGCUCUUGGCCAGUAAAAAACAGUCGAACACUUUCUAAACAUAUACAGUACCGCUCAAAACCUAACACUGCGUUCUCGUUCCAUUUGCGUUUCGUUUGCGUUUCGUUUGCGUUUCAUUUGCGUUUCGUUUGCGUUUUUUAUUUCGGAACGUGUUUUCUGUUUGGGUUUUUUCUGAGCGUUUUUUUUCCUGAGCGAUUUCAAGGCACGCAAUCAUAUUUGAACGUAGUUAUUACAAGGCUGUAUUUAUUAACUUGGCUUUUUUAAAUAAAAUAACCCACUGACAA